AUGACCGGCACAAGCGUCAACCCUGCCUUGCGCGCCGUCUACCUCGCGAAGGACGGCCACCGCGUCACGCUCGUCGUCCCGUGGCUCCCCACCGUCCCAGAGCAGCGCCGCGUGUUCGCAAAGGGCUGCCCGACGUUUGAACGUCGCGAGGACCACGCAGCGUACAUUGAGCGCUGGGUGCGCGAGCAGGUCCCCACUGCGGUCGUGCGCGUCCUGUUUUAUGAGGGCGCGUACGCACACGACUUUGGUUCUAUUCUACCGGUCGGCGCCAUCACCGAUAUUUUCGCACCGAUGAACGUCGUCAAGGACGUUUGCAUUUUAGAGGAGCCUGAGCACUUGACUUGGCAUCAUUCGGGUACCGUGUGGACCGAGCUGUUUAAUAUUGUCGUCGGCAUCAUACAUACAAACUACGUCGAGUACGCCAACGGGUAUGGCUUUUUUGGGCCGCAACGUGCCAUGGCCCUCCUGUUUUUGAACGUCUGGGUUUGUAGAGGCUAUUGUCAUCGUGUCAUUAAGCUCUCAGAUGCAGUGCAACAGUUUCCGAAUAGUGUCACAUGCAACGUGCACGGCGUGCGGGACAAGUUCAUUCAUGCAGGACGGCACCGGAAGGGGGGCUUUGGGAAGGGCGCUUAUUUUAUGGGCAAGGUACUGUGGGCGAAGGGAUACCGCGAUCUGGUGGACAACAUGCUCUACCAUUACCGGGAGAAGGGCUACGCCUUGCGCAUUCACUUUUACGGCUCGGGGCCAGACGCUGCCAGUGUACAGGCGGAGAUCGAUGCCGAGCCGGCGCUGGCUGCUGUCGCCUUUGACCCCUGCGUAGCUGACCCUCUGGGCGCCAACUUGCGUCAGUACAAGGUCUUCGUCAAUGCCAGUCGCAGUGAUGUUGUUUGCACAGCAACAGCAGAGGCAUUGGCGAUGGGCAAGUUGGUCGUAUGUCUUAAACAUCCGAGCAACGAAUUUUUCUCAACCUUUCCCAACUGCAUCACGUACCGUACGCCGGCAGAGUUUUCGGACGUUGUCGAGGACGCGUUGCGCCGCGAACCGGCCCCGCUGUCAGAGCUCGAUGCAUAUCGGCUCACGUGGGAGGCGGCUACCGAGCGAUUGUAUGAUGCAGUGCGCCUUCCGUUGUCGAAGAGUAAGCCGAGCAAGGUGGGUAUCGCCUUGGCGAAUGUUCACGCAUCCCUUUCCAAGAUUUAUCCGCAGCCUGGUAAGGGAAUUCGGAUAGCAAAUUCCGCCUGCCUUCCAGCUGAUGCAAGAUGA